AUGAGAGGCACGCGAUCCUCUAAACCUGCCGCGGCAGACGCCUCCAAAGACACUCCGGCCUCGAAAUCAAGGUUCACCUUGUCUUCAAAAUCAGAACUGCCUGCAAAGAUUUUUGUUUUGCCCAGUUCCGCCACGGCAGAUGCGCGAGUUGUCACCCUCCCACACCCCCAGAGCGGACAACCGUCGCGAUAUCUGGUCUGUCCUGAAACGGGCCUUUACGAAUUCACAAAGGUGGCCGCGCCAAACAUGGAGCCGCGCAGCUGGCUGAUUGCAUCUGCAAACAGCAAUAAAGAUAUUCAGGCCAAAGUUGAGAACGCAGAGACUGCUACCAGCGUCAAUCUAUUCGUGGCGACACACAUUGAUCCCUUGUUCCUGUUGUUGCCUGCUUUGAUCGAUGCCAAAGAAACGAACGCCUCAACAGAUCGCAAGCGCCUGUUUCUAUCGUUUGAAGACUACAUUGACAAGCUUCCACAAGACUCGUCGAAUGCAUGGGAGAUUUCGCGAUGGCCUAAGACAAAGGCACUCUUGGAAUCCAGAUUGGUGGCGAUAUGCGAUACAGUCGACGCCGGUGAUGAGUCCAUGUUUCGAGUCAACGAAGAGAAGCUGUUUUCUGUGAUACUGUCCAAAGCUACACGUCUCGCUUCUAGAGGUUUGCCUGCGAGCGUCGAAGAGAAGUUUGUACAAAAGCCUCUAGAGGCGCCCAUCCAGUUGCGCAGUGCGAGCAACGUCGCUUGCCCUCCUGCAGGCGUCGCUGCGACUCUCGAAGGCGCAGAGUCUGGCACUUGUACACCAAAAACGGAUUCAGCCGAGUCUCAGUCCAGUACCUCGACCGAGGUGUCUACCUUUAGCGCGGCGUCGCAACCAUCUACCACGGCUUCUUCGUUCUCAGAAGACGAUGUCGCUGUCACGACCGCCAUGACGGCGUCGGCUGAAGUCGUUCAGCUCCAACGCCUUCGAGUCGCAUUUGACUACAUUUGCGCGAGCUAUGUCCCGAGCAUUAUUUCCGAACGACUGAAGCAAUCUCUCAGCGACAAGGCGACGUGCAAGACCGACUUUGAGCCACUCAACACGUACGUGACAGAGCUGGAGAAGCUGCGCAAGGAGAGCAUAGCGACGCGGCCGACUGGUGAUUUCUCAAGAAAGCGCAUGCGAGAUGAGGAGGAAGACGAAAUGCGACUGGAAAAGAAGAGAAAGCAGGAGGAAGAGAAGAAGCGCAAGGCCAAUGAAAGCCGGGGCGUCAGAGACUUGAAAAAGGUCAAUACGACGGGAAUGAAGAAGCUCAGUGCUUUUUUCACGAAAAAGUAA